UGUGCUUCUCUUUCAGUAACUGCCCCUCCUUUCUGGCUGCUGCUUUAGCCAGAGCCACAUCAGAUGAAGUCCUCCAGAGUGACCUUUCUGCUCACUGUAUCCCAAAGGAGACGGACGGCUCAGAAGGGACUGUGGAAAUUGAGACAGUGAAACUAGCCCGUUCUGUCUUCAGCAAACUACACGAGAUCUGCUGCAGCUGGGUGAAGGACUUCCCUCUGCGCAGGAGGCCUCAGAUUUAUUAUGAAACAUCAAUCCAUGCCAUCAAAAACAUGCGAAGGAAAAUGGAGGACAAGCACGUCUGCAUUCCUGACUUUAAUAUGCUCUUCAACCUAGAGGACCAGGAGGAACAAGCUUACUUUGCAGUGUUUGAUGGCCAUGGGGGAGUGGACGCUGCCAUUUAUGCCUCUGUUCACCUACAUGUUAACUUGGUGCGCCAGGAGAUGUUCCCCCAUGAUCCUGCCGAGGCUCUCUGCCGGGCCUUCCGUGUUACAGAUGAGCGGUUUGUGCAGAAGGCAGCCAGGGAGAGCUUACGAUGUGGGACCACAGGAGUAGUGACUUUUAUCAGAGGCAACAUGCUCCAUGUGGCAUGGGUGGGCGAUUCCCAGGUUAUGCUUGUAAGAAAGGGCCAAGCUGUUGAACUGAUGAAACCACACAAGCCAGACAGAGAGGAUGAAAAGCAGCGAAUUGAGGCCCUUGGAGGUUGUGUAGUUUGGUUUGGUGCCUGGAGGGUGAAUGGAAGUCUGUCAGUCUCCAGAGCAAUCGGAGAUGCUGAACACAAGCCAUAUAUCUGUGGGGACGCAGAUUCUGCCUCCACUGUUCUGGACGGGACUGAAGACUACCUCAUUCUGGCCUGUGAUGGCUUCUAUGACACCGUGAACCCUGACGAGGCAGUGAAGGUUGUGUCUGACCACUUGAAAGAGAACAAUGGCGACAGCAGCAUGGUUGCCCACAAAUUAGUAGCAUCAGCUCGUGAUGCGGGGUCAAGUGAUAACAUCACUGUUAUUGUGGUAUUCCUGAGGGACAUGAACAAAGCUGUAAAUGUUAGUGAGGAAUCAGAUUGGACAGAGAACUCUUUUCAAGGAGGGCAAGAAGAUGGUGGGGAUGAUAAGGAGAAUCAUGGAGAGUGCAAACGCCCUUGGCCUCAGCACCAGUGCUCAGCACCAGCCGAUCUAGGCUAUGAGGGGCGUGUGGACUCAUUCACUGAUAGAACUAGCCUGAGCCCAGGGCCCCAGAUCAACGUGCUGGAAGACCCAGACUACCUAGAUCUCACACAGAUAGAAGCAAGCAAACCUCACAGUACCCAAUUUUUGCCACCAGUUGAGAUGAUUGGUCCUGGCACACCAAAGAAGGCAGAUCUUAAUGAGCUAAUAAUGGAGGCGAAAUCAGUCAAGUCAUCAUUGCCUGAACGGAGUGGUGCUGGAGAGUCUCUGGCUUCUUUUAAUUUGGGUUCAACAGGGCAACAGAUAUGCAGAAUGGAGAGCUUGUCUCCUGUCUGUUCGGGGUUGGAGAAUGAACAGUUCAAAUCCCUGGGGAAAACAGCGUCUAGAUUGUAUCGUUUACGCCACCACUACUCCAAAAGGCAGCAUGGAUUCAGGUUUAAUCCAAAGUUUUAUUCAUUUCUUUCUGCUCGAGAGCCUUCUCACAAAAUAGGCAUUAGUCUCUCCUCACUCACUCGAAGUGGGAAGAGAAACAAGAUGUUACGAAGUCCUUUGCCAUGGAGGGAAAAUAGUUGGGAAGGCUACGGCGGAAACAUGAAGAUUAGAAAGUGUAACAAUAGUCCAUGCCCAGACCUUCCCUGGCGCUAUAAAAUAUAAGACUUUUUCUUCAAUGUAGGCUAGCUAGCUCUCUCAAAAAUAGAACUAUCAGAGUAGAAACAAGGUAGACAUUUUCGACGUUCAUGUGCUUCACUAUGAAUUCACGGAUGGCUCAAUCCUUAAGUGUACAUAAGUCUUUAGGAAACUCAAAAUAGUGUUUUCAAUCUUUAAAAAAAAGUAUCGGCGGUUUCACUAACAAAAUUAUUCAACUGGUCCCUGUGAUGUGUCUCUACACCUACACAUAGCCCCCUCUCCACCAUCCCUUCACGUCACUAGUGGAAGCUUAAAAGUAUUCCAGUCAGAAUAUAUGGUAUGGAAAUCGCAACCAUCUGGUCUGAUGUGCCUAAUCUAAAGGAACAAUGCAGAAUUACAUUAAGUUGGGACAUGUCCCUCCAGAUCUCGGGGACUAUGAAGGAUCCCUUCCCAACUGUUUAGGUAGAUAAAAGACUAAAAGCCACAUGGGUCUUAACUGCUAAUGAAAGAUGCAGUAAACCAGUACCAAAGUGUCAUAUUCUCAGAAUUGGGAGGCAGUAUACUACAGUAAGAUAACUUAUUAAUUUUUCAUAGAAAGUGAAUGGCAACUAACUAUGAACAUUUUUAAUUAAAAUGCCUCAGAAGGUUUUAGUUAUUUGAGAGUUUCAUUACCUGUUAUGGUGCUUUUGGUGGAAUUUUGUUACUCAUCAUUUUAGAGACCACCGUCAGCUGGUUGUAACCUAUGAUGCUAAUGUUUUUCACAGUACCUUCAUCUCAGGAAUAAAAGUGGUUUUGCAGAGAUGAUAUUAGGUACGGUAUAAGACUCAAAUGCCAUUUGAAAAGAGUUGUAAAAAGAGCAUUUCUAUAUUUUCUGCUUUUUUUUUUUUUUUAAAGUUUACAGACAGCAAAGGCAUAUAUUAUAAUAAUAUAAAAUGUAGUUUGGAAAAUGAAAAAAAAUGACAGUUUUAACUUCUCUAAAAUUGUUUUCCCCAAGGGAAUGAAGUAAUUGGUAUGAAGGAGGCUGAGUGCAGAGGAGAAUGCAGAUUACUGAGAGCCAGGGCUGUUUAGUUAUAACUGACGACGAGCCAGAGUCCAGCUGCCGCUUCAGACGACAGUGACAGUGCUUCUCAUUUCAAGACUUAAGU